AUGAAAGUCUUUGCAAUUUACCUCCUAUCAUACCUUUGCAUUAGUGUUUCGGCGUUUAGCUCUACACAAAAGUCUAUUCGCAGUGAUGUUUCCCUAUCAAUGGCGGCAGACAAGAACUCCGACAUGAUGCGAUGGGCACGUGCGGCACGAUCGGCAGGAAGUGAUGACACCGUCGUUGAACUUAUGAAACCCUUGGGAGUUAUUUUGAACCAAGAUGCCAGUGGAAACGUUUACGUUGAAACUGUAGCGCCAAAGGGUAACGCAGCGAGAACGGGAAAGGUCAAAGAAGGAGACAUCGUCACAAUGUGCUCGGCUACAUUUGGCGAUGAAAUGUGGUCAACGAGAGGUGUUGGAUUGACCCGUGUACUGGCCGCGAUCCGUGUUCGAUCAGGAAACACUGUCAAAUUGGUAUUGGAAAGCCCUGACCAAUACAAAAAGAAAGCAGAGAUCACAACAAAGCAACGCCAAGCCAUGGAGGAUGCCCGCAAGGCUGCUCAAGCCAAGAAAGAUCAACUUCUUUCGGAGCUUGAAAAAGACGAGGAGCGUUUGAAGUCAAAGAAAUUCUUCGGUCUGUUCUAG